UGCCGUGCUUUCCUUCCUCUGGCGCAUGAUUUGCGAGCAAUCCCAUGGCCGCCUUUCCGGAACUCCUGGAUAGCUCGCUGCAGGCGCUUCGUCGCACUCUGCUGGAGGCUUAUGAUGCGGGGAUCCGUCCGGAUUUUGGAGGCUCUACGAACCACUUCCAGAACCACGUGCUUUCAGGCCAACGAGGCCCGCGUUUCUUGGAGGAGAAGGGCGAGGUCUUGCCAGUUUGGAAGGUGGAUGAGGAAGCCGUGGAGAAAUCUUGGUCUUCGCCGAACUCUCCGAGACUAUUAGAUUCAAACGGCAGCCAGAAUUUGAAUAGCAAGGACGUUCAACCUGCCAACAAGGCCAUGCUUCAUCGGCUUCAGGUGCGCCUCAACGCGCUGAGCUCUCAGCAGCUAAUCUCAGGGUCGAACUUAGUAGACGCCGUGGGCAGCUUGGGGCUCACCUGCUACACUCUGGAGGACAUGAAUGAGUUGGUGAACACGAUUGCCACCUUCAUUCAACUUCGCUUCGUGAAGAGCGAACCCCAGCUGCUGCCCGCACGCUCCAACAACAGCUUCAACGGCAUACAGGUGGGCCCGGAAGGCAAGCCGGUUUGGGAAUGGCCGCAGGAUGGCACGCCCAUCGACUUUGAGACAGAGAUGCGUAGCUACAACGUGGUGCCCGCAAUGGCGCUGAUGGAGCUCUUUCUCAGCCAGGAGAGUGAGUUGCCGAAGAAGAUCUUCAACCAGAAGCUCCUGGCUCAGUUUCAGGCGAUGAAAGAGAUCCUGGUUGCUGGUGACACGAACCGCCUGGUUGCAGAGUUGACCUUCGUCCGGAUCAACGACCUGGCAGCGCCACCAGAGGACUUGGACCCUUUGUUGUAUAUCGAGCCUGUGGUGGCAUUUCUCAUCGUGAUGAAUGGCAUUUUGAUCGGCUUCCAGACGGACCGGCAAUUCGAGAGCUGGAAAGGCUGGCCUUAUGUCGAGGCUGGUUUUGCCGGCAUCUUGGUGUUGGAGUGCGUGGUGCGUAUCUACCUCUGUCGUCCGCGGAAGUUCUUCUGUGGCUCAGAGUGGCUUUGGAAUAUUUUUGAUCUAUUCUUGGUUGCCACUGCGGUGGCCGAUGUGGUGAGCCAGUUUGCCGUGGAUCAAAACAGCGACAUGGCCGUUGCCUCUCUCUUACGCUUCUGCCGCCUUAUCCGCUUGGUCCGGGUGGUGAAAGUGUUCCGCCUGCACUGCAUGAAGGAGUUACGCUUGAUGGUGAAGGGCCUGGUGGGGGGGCUUCGCACCCUAGCGAUGUCCUUCGCGCUGCUCUUCACAGUGCUCUAUGUGAUCUCCGGGCUUGCCACCAUGACUCUGGGCCGGGACGCCCGAACCGCCGCCCUUGGCCUGCAAAGUCACUUCGAGAACAUCCCCCAAUCGAUGUUCACUGCCUUCCGCUGCUUCUCUGGCGAAUGCUUUGCCGACUCAGGUGUUCCCAUCGCAGCGGUUCUGGUCACGGAGUAUGGGGUAUCCUUCGGCAUGUCUUACGUGCUUGGAUACAUGCUGGUGUCCAUGGGAAUGUUCAACGUCAUCCUGGCAGUCUAUGUGGAUAUCACUAUGCGUGCAGCAAAGGAGACGGAAUCCGUCUCCGCAGAGCAGUACAGUCGCGAGUCAAUCCGCAUCGCCCGAACCACCCGCGAGCUCUUGAAGAAGUUCGCAGAGGCCUAUCGACUCUUUCACGACACUGGCCGUAGUCAGGAAGGCCGGUCAAAAGGGAUGGAUGCAUUGUCUACGAACGCCUUCACGGACGAUGACAUUCAGGACAUUGCAAUCACCAAGGAGCUCUUCCUCCUGGUAAUUCAGGAUCAAAGUGUGCAGAAGCUCAUGGACGAUUUGGACUUGCCCGCUGACCGUGCCAACUUGUUCGAGGUGAUCGAUGCCGACGCCAGCAGCACCUUGCACGUCACCGAACUCGUCCAGGGCCUUCUGAAGAUCCGCGGGGAUCUCACCAAGAGUGAUACCGUGGCAACGCUUCUUGCCACAAAAUCCGUCCACAGCAUGCUGGCCGCGUUCAAGGAGGACUACUCAGAGCUGCGAGCUGGAAUGCUCGCCUUACUGCGCUCCCAAAAGGCGGGCGGCAAGUUGGGCACGCCCUAUCAGGGCCUCGUUAAUGUGGUCUCGCAGAAGCCUGCAGCGGUCAGCACGAUAAGCACACCACCAGCAACGCCCGAGGCAUUUUGAAGAGUCAAAGCCGGGCAAUGCCCGGGACGACACGAAAACAACA